UUAGUUUUUCUGUCUUUAUUUCACCUACUUUGAAAAAUGACGAAGGAAUUUGUGAUGACUCGAAAAGUGAAGAAUAUUGCCGCUAUGAAGGAAGGAGAUUCGCAAUCUACAACAAGUGAACAACAUUUUGGACUACCUUGGUAUUUCAAGGUCUUCUGCAAAGACAAACAUUUGCAGUUAUGCGUGUAUUAUGGAGCCCAGCUUAUAGCCGAGGAGCAAAGUAUCGAAGUUGAAUGUGAUUUCAAAAUGAUUACCCCUACUGGCAAGAUAUUUGUCGAAAAGACAGGAGUUCGAAAGUAUGGAGGUGAGACGCAGUACAUCGGAAUUGGAUUUCCAAAGUUUAUGUUAUGGGAGAAAAUGAUGAAGGAGUUUGUGGUAGAGGACACGGUGACGGUUGAAGUUUGUCUGAAGAUCAUAGACACUUGGGGAUUUGAGAAGAAGGUGAAAGUCCGCAACUUCGACGAGGCUAUGAAGGAGUUUUCGGAUGUUGUGUUGGUGGUGAAGGAGACCAGGUUUCAUGUGGCAAAACUGUUCCUUGCUGCCCAGUCCGGAUACUUCAAGGCUCUGCCAAUUGGCAACUUCAAAGAAGGAAACAGCUCCGAAGUCACUCUCAGCUCAAUCGACCCCAACGACUUCCAGAACUUUCUGGAAGUUCUCUACGGCCACCAGGAAGCUAUCACAGACGAGUCGGUGGAGGGUGUGCUUCUCAUUGCAGACAUGUACAAUGCCAAGUUGGUCACCCAAAACUGCGAGAACUUUCUUUUCAGAGGAGCGGGAUCUAAGAUGAUGUUGAAGAAACAGCUGCAGCUGGCCUAUCGCUAUAACUUGGAGAACUUGAAGAGAUCUUGCUAUUCCAAUCUGGAAAUUUGAUCUAUGAUCUACAUAUGUACCUGUAAAAUUCUGUGCAGUACAACCUCUAAUAAAACAUUUUUAUUAA